AUGCAUUGUUCUCGAAUGCCAUUAAGUGAUCGACGAUACAAGCCACCUCCGCGUAUAUCAACAUCAGGAUACGAUACAGGACCAGUCACACGACCGUGCACUGAAAGAUUUGCUCUUGGUGACUUCCCAAUUCGAUAUAAAAAUCGUUCAAUUCGAAGUUCAUCGCCGACGUCAAAUUCUGAUCAAGGCUCAACGCCCGACCCUCAAAAGACACCACUGAUCAUUGUAAAUCUGAAAAUUUCGCCUGACGCAAAGACUUUAGCGCCAAAAAACAUCAAACGAUCUGAGAAGAAGUUACCGCCUUAUUGCGUGCAAUUUCAGAAUACAACAAAAAGCACCAACGAGACUCCACAUCCGAGUCCGAGUAUGAAAGUAAUACAAGAUUUUAUCGUACAGGGAACAUUAAUUGGAAAUCAACGACGUCAGCUAGCAGCUCACGCAUCAAAGAAUUCACCAAAUAUCAUCAUAAAUUGUGAUGAUAGUGAAUAUGAUGAAUGUGACACGUAUGCUGAAUCAACUCUUAAUAUGUUUCAAAAUAUCAAUUCCGAUCUCCUGCUAAGCUUAGAUUAUUAUGAAAUGGACAGAGACAGCCGUACACCUACACCAAUUCAAAAAGCAUCGCUUAAUCGUCCAUCGUCAGCAAGUCAGUUAUCGCAAACACGUAGUAUCACACCCACAACAUUAGUAGGUGUUCCAGCUGGUUAUCGUCCAUUAGGCUUGAGAUCUGUGUCACCAACAGCAGCACGAACAGUUUUACGAGUAGAUCUUCAAGGAAAUUCUGACAACUAUCAUAAAACAGAAAGUGCAUUUAAGGAUAUCAACUAUAAUAUUCAUAGAUUAAAUAUUAAAAGAGGAAUUAGAAAUAAGAAUGAUAAGUUGCUUAAGUUUGGAUAAUUUUUAUUUUUGGUGCUAGAAAUCUUUUUUACUAAGUCAAUAUUUACUCGGUUAUUUAGUUUUGUCAAGGAAUAUCCUUUGAAGUUUAUUUGUUAUCUUGUUUGGCAAGCACUCGAGUUUGAUUUUAAAUUAAAUUUACGUCUAUA